UAAACCUAUAAAGCCAAAUAUGGAACCAGGGAUCUCCAACCAGUCAUUCAUUUUCUCCUACACUGACUUUACUCUCUUGGGUUUCCCUGGGAUAUCUCGAUGGAGGCCCCUCCUGGCAAUCCCAUUCUUUUCCGUCUACUUAGUUAUCCUGAGUGGGAAUUCUCUCAUCAUCUGCCUCAUCUGCAUUAAGAUGACCCUCCAUUCCCCCAUGUAUUUGCUCAUCUCUGUGCUCUUUGCCAUAAAUAUCACAAUUUCUACUGCCAUAUUGCCAAAAUUCCUCCUAGACUUGUUAUUCCAUCUCAACCAAGUUUCCCUGACUGGCUGUCUUCUGCAGAUGUUUGUUAUCUACUUCAUGUCAGUGUGUGAGUCUGGUGCUAUGGUAUUAAUGUCCUUAGACAGAUACGUAGCAAUCUGUAGGCCACUGCAUUACCAUAACAUCAUGACAAAGAGGUUCCUGGCCUGGCUCACAGUCAUUAUAAUCAUUCGGAACUGUUUCCUUAUCUGCCCACUGAUCAUCCUUAUCUCUAUGGUCCAGUUCUGCAGGUCGAACAUCAUCCUAAACUUUACAUGUGAAAACAUGGCGCUUCUCAGUCUUGGAUGUGGAGACACCACCAAACCACAGAUUGCUGGGCUGAUUGCGCGAACGAUUGCGAUUGUGCUUGAUAUAAGCCUCCUCUUGAUUUCCUACUCAAAAAUACUCUACACAGCCAUGAAAACUGCCACUGGGAAGUCUCGCCAGAAAGCACUGAGCACAUGUGGGACCCACUUGUUGGUGGCAACGUUGGCCUACAUGAGUGCAUUGUCAUCAUCUGCUGUCUACAGAAUGGAAACAACUCUUUCAAUAGAUGUUAAGAAUCUCUUCACUGCACUGUACCUAAUUCUCCCAGCCUCCUUAAAUCCCUUUAUAUAUGGCCUGUGGGUCUCAGAAAUCAGAAAGAGUCUGGUUAAAUACUGGAGAAAAAAGUUGGUUUCAUCAUGA